UGAAAUUUGUUUAUGACAGAAGAAAAAACACAUUUUGAGGAUAGCCUGCUCAGUCAUUUAAGCUUGAUCUUUCAGCGUUUUCAGCUCUUCAGAUUUUGGACUCUUUAAAUAAGACAGAAAUAUGACCAGCCCCACAGACACAGCUGCAUCAUCAGGACAGAUAAGCAGCCUUAAUAAUGAAUUUAACAGAACUACAGACUGCAAGACAGUUGUAGUUCCACAGGAGAUCUUCUCUACAAUCGCUGUUGUGGGCCUACUGGAAAACAUUCCUGUUCUCAUUGCUGUCGUGAGAAAUAAAAACCUGCACUCACCAAUGUAUUUUUUUAUCUGCAGUCUGUCAGUCUCUGACAUGUUAUUCUGCAUUUAUAAAAUUGUGGAAAAUGCUGUAAUAACAUUCUGUAAGAUAAAGAAAUUGUGUUUUGAUUUCAAAGAAUUAGAGCUGCAGCUGGAUGAUGUAAUAGAUUCAGUGUUCAUCAUUUCACUUUUAGGUUCGAUCCUUAGCUUGUCAAUGAUUGCAAUUGAUCGUUACAUCACUAUUUUCCAUGCACUAAGGUACCACAACAUCAUGACUACAAAGCGAGCCGUUAUUAUCCUUGCAGUUAGUUGGUCAGUCUGCACAGGACUUGGAAUCCCUAUGACUGUGUACUCUCAUGGAAAAAGCACAAUAUUUGGCUUCUUUAUUAUAUUCACCAUUUCAUAUAUCUUUAUACUUUGCCUGUAUUUGAGCAUGUUCUUCUUGGCUCAUUCCCAUGCAACAAGGAUAGCGUCACUCCCAGGAAAUGGCAUUCAUCCAAGAGUAAAUAUGAAGGGUGCAAUUACAAUAACAAUUUUGUUGGGGGUAUUCCUUGUAUGCUGGACCCCAUUUUUCGUUCAUAUUCUUCUUAUAGAGAUUUGCCCACUAAACCCAUAUUGCAUCUGUUAUAUAUCUAUUUUUCAAGCCAGUGUUACCUUCAUGACCUUUAAUUCUGUAAUUAACCCAUUAAUUUAUGCAUUUCGAAGUCCAGAGCUGAGAAAUACCUUCCAAAGAAUGCUUUGUUGUUUGGCUGUGAGACAAUACUAUGGAUUCUGAAGGGCUUUAGGUCAAAAAUGUUCCAAAAAUUGACUUUUUUAUUGUAAUACCAAUUUCUACAUCAUAGGCUAUAGUGCAGAGAACAUUAUUAAACUAAAAUGAAUCCAUGUCUAGUUUAUGGUGAUAUUCAUGUGAAGAAAAGAUAAGGCAUACUGUAAAUUUCUAAAAAUUCAUCAUUUACAAAUAACAAUAAGCUGUAUUCAUAUAGUUUAAGAUCAGGAGAGGAUGGAGGAAGCUCAUUCAUAGAAUAGUACUAAACAUUGGUGUUAUUAUUGACAGAGGAAAUACCAUGAUGGUUCUCAAAAGUUGUAGACAAUAUUAUGUUAAGUGUCUUCAGGAACCAACUUGUUUCAAAGACAAAGAAGUUUGCUUAUUUUAUAAAAAAAAAAUAAAUCAAUAAAACUGCACAGUAAUACUUUGCUGCAGCUGCU